AUGUUUCAACUACGUCUCGGCUGGUUCAUCUUGCAAAGCCAGGGCUCGAACUAUCAAGAGUUUGAGGUGGCCCAAACAGAGGUCCAAGCAAAAGCUGUUGCGAUCAGCUUGGACUUUGCUUCGCUAGCCUCGUGGGACUCUAAUGAUCAGCGACGCACCAGCAACCGUUGGAACAAGGUCCGAAGCCCAAGCUUUUUUCCUGUUGAUGGGGCAUUCUCCACAAGCAAUGCUGCACUGUCAGUGUCAGUGUGUCAAUUCAAGACCGAAGCGAUCAGCCGAAUGGCGCAGUCGAUCUUUUGGGAGCAAAGACAAAGCCACGCGUCGAUGAGAAAGGACUGA